ACUACAUAUUAUAAAACAAAGUCACUUUUUCUGUCCUUUUGUCCCCUUAAAUGUUUAAAUCUUGAAAACUAAGCAACUGAUUUUGAUGCGGUUUUUUUUAAUAGAUAGAUUGCUUGAAGAGGAAGGUUUAUGUCAUUAUAAUUUGAAGAAAUAUAUAAAGGGGGCGUGGCACUCGGACAAAAUGUGGUAAAAAAACAUAUAUUUUUUGUUUACACAGCCAUACAUCAUAAAAGAAUCCACCGAUUAAAAUGAAACUUACUUGAAGUUAAACUUUCAAAUAUUUACUUUCGUUCUGCAUCAAAAAAAUAGUUGAUUCAUUUCUUAUUUAACCAAAAUUGUUUAAACAAGAGCAGCACUUUUUCCAAAAAAAAUUGUUUGUGUGUUUGUUCGCUGUCAACCGAAUGAAACUUUAGAAGUUAUGUGGGAAUCUCACCCCACCUCAUUCGUGUUGAAUUAGAUCGUGUGGUGAAAGAACUCGGUACGUACACAUGUAUGUAAGUACAUACAUAUGUACGAAUCUCUCGCAUCAUUAAAUUUCGGGCGUAAAUAUGUAUGUAUGUAUUUUCAAUUCAUGUCGUUAUUACCGUACUGAAUUCCAUGUAAUUCGGGGGUGUUGUGGAAUCUGAUAGUUGUCGGAAUCCGAAUUGAAACCGAUCAAAAAAAACAGUAGGUGCCAUGAAUUCAGAUAUUAUUGGUUUGAUGUUCGAAACAGAAUUUGUAUCGGUUUUGGGUGUCAUCGAAACCAAUUUUAUCGGUUUUGCUAUCAGAAAUAAAACAAGAAGAUAAUCGCCAACAGAUUUGAAUAUUCAGUUUAUAUUUCUGUGUGUUGUUAGACGGUUGAGAAAAUGGGAAAACAUAAGAAUAGAACGCAAAAUACGAUCAUAAUUGAAUUUAUGGAAAAAAAUCCAGAUAUCUUAAGAGGGUUUACGAAACGCAAUAAGCCGACAAUAGAAUCGUUAUGGCAGGAAUUAACUGAAUCGCUUAAUGCUGCAGGUCCUCCACACAAAGAUGUAAACGGGUGGAAAAAGGUUAUAACUGAGUGGAAGAGCGAAAUCAAAAGAAAAUUAGCUCACAACAAAAUUGAGAGUCGAGCAACAGGAGGUGGCCCAUUUUCUAAAUAUCAGCUCACUCCAAACGAAGAAACUAUUGUGCGUCUUUGUGUCAUUUCUCAAACUAUAGAAGGCAUACCAGGUGUUGCUCUUGGCACCCAACCCGUCAAUGAAAAUUUAAAUAUUACAAUUGCAGGGGUGAAUGUAGAUUUGUCUUCCUCAUCGUCAGAGCAACAAAAUAUAAAUUCAAGUUAUAAUGCAUCCAAUAGACAACAAGUUGUAAAAAUAAAAUAAAUAUGUAAAAAUGCAAAAAAAUGUAGGGUAUGAAUUUAGAUAUUCCAAAAAUAGCAAGCAAAUCUUCAUGGUAUAAAGAAAGGGGAAUUGUUUUACUCCAAAUGUAACGCUGCGGGCCACGGACAGUAAUGAAUAAAUCAAAACUGCGGGAUCGAUUUUAAUCAUUUUUUCAGUGAGUGACAUAGGCCUUAUAUUUUAUUUCCGUGCGAAGCCGGGGCGGGUUGCUAGUGUA